UGUCCUGCCUCCGCCGUCUCCUCUUUCUCCGCCUGCAUCCCCCGGGGGGCAGAGUGUGGGAAGAACGAAUUUCCGCCGGGUUUGCUCGCUCCACGCCGACAUGGGUCCCUUCCGGACGCUGCUUGUGCGUCCCCCAGGCUGCCCACUCCGGCUGCACUCCCAGUCCCCCCGGAUCGCGAGCGGGCAGGCGCCGGAGACGUGGGCCUAGCGGCGGGUGCUCCGCAGCCAAGCCGCACCCCAGCAGCUCUUGGAAGAGAUCCCGCCUGCAGUGGGGGAAUCCGUUUGGCGGGGAGAAUCCGCGCCAGGGAAUCCAGCUCUCCGGACUCCAGAGCAAACAAAAAGCACCAACUCUUGCUCGCUCCUCCCGCCCCCGACGCUCACCCGAAGAAACAGUUUUCUGCAGAAAUGCAACAAGUAGCACCCCAGACUCGCCGAGCGCCCAGCGCCUUCUGAUUUGGCUCCGCGAACUCGGCCUGCGGAGACCCGGGCGAGCCACGGGGACAAAGAGGAAGGGCUGGACGGAGCACCAGCGAAGUACGAAAGAGGCCUUUUAAGCGACUCAGGCCCGGCCGAGGGGAAUGCAGAGGAGACACAGAGCCGGCCGGCCCAGAAGACGAUCCGGCCGCAGCGCGCUGGGCGGGCGGCGAUGGAGGGUGUGGGUGCCCUGCGCUUCUGGCUCGUGGUGUGCGGCUGUCUGGCGUUCCCGCCGCGGGCCGAGUCCGUGUGCCCCGAGCGCUGCGACUGCCAGCACCCCCAACAUCUCCUAUGCACCAACAGGGGACUUCGCGCGGUACCCAAGACCAGCUCGCUGCCUAGUCCCCAGGACGUGCUCACCUACAGCCUAGGCGGCAACUUCAUCACCAACAUCACCGCCUUCGACUUCCACCGCCUGGGGCAGCUCAGACGGCUGGAUCUGCAGUACAACCAGAUCCGUUCUCUCCACCCCAAGACCUUCGAGAAGCUCUCACGACUAGAGGAGCUGUACCUGGGGAACAACCUCUUGCAGGCGCUCGUUCCUGGCACGUUGGCUCCGCUGCGCAAGUUGCGCAUCCUUUACGCCAACGGCAACGAGAUUGGACGCCUGAGUCGCGGGUCCUUCGAGGGCCUGGAGAGUUUGGUCAAGCUACGGCUGGACGGGAACGUGCUGGGAGCGCUGCCGGACGCGGUCUUCGCUCCCCUGGGCAACCUGCUUUACCUACACCUGGAAUCUAACCGGAUCCGUUUUUUGGGCAAGAACGCCUUCAGCCAGCUGGGUAAACUUCGAUUCCUCAAUCUCUCAGCCAACGAGCUGCAACCCUCUCUGCGCCACGCGGCCACCUUUGUCCCUCUGCGCUCCCUCUCUACUCUGAUCCUCUCAGCCAACAGCCUACAGCACCUCGGCCCCCGCGUCUUCCAGCACCUGCCACGCCUAGGCCUGCUCUCCCUCAGUGGAAACCAGCUCACGCACCUCGCCCCAGAGGCCUUUUGGGGACUGGAGGCCCUGCGCGAGCUGCGCCUGGAAGGUAACCGGCUGAACCAACUCCCCCUGACACUGCUGGAGCCUCUGCACAGCUUGGAGGCACUAGAUCUGAGUGGCAAUGAGCUUUCUGCUCUGCACCCCGCCACCUUUGGCCACCAGGGCCGGCUCCGUGAGCUCAGCCUGCGCGACAAUGCGCUCAGCGCCCUUUCUGGGGACAUCUUUGCCGCCAGUCCAGCUCUAUACCGGCUAGAUCUAGACGGCAACGGUUGGACCUGCGACUGCCGGUUGCGGGGUCUGAAACGCUGGAUGGGCAACUGGCAUUCUCAGGGUCGUCUCCUUACGGUCUUCGUGCAGUGUCGCCACCCCCCGGCCCUGCGGGGCAAGUACCUGGAUUACCUGGACGACCAACUGCUGCAGAAUGGGUCUUGUGUGGAUUCCUCACCUUCCCCUACAGCAGGCAGUAGGCAGUGGCCUCUACCCACAUCGUCAGAAGAGGGGAUGACGCCCCCUGCAGGCCUCUCGCAGGAGCUACCACUGCAGCCGCAGCCUCAGCAGCGGGGAAGACUUCUACCAGGAGUGGCCUGGGGUGGGACUGCCAAGGAACUGGUGGGCAAUCGCAGCGCAUUAAGGUUGAGCCGGCGGGGACCAGGCCUGCAGCAUCAGGGCCCCUCUGUCGCUGCGGCUCCGGGCUCUGCCCCACAGUCCUUGGACCUGCACGAGAAGCCGGGGAGAGGACGUCCCACCCGAGCCAAUCUCUCCCAGACAGAGCCCACCACGACGUCUGAGCCCGCCUCUGGGACACCAUCUGCCAGAGACAGCUGGCAGCGCGCAGCAAAGCAGCGCCUAGCGUCCGAGCAGCAAGAGAGCGCAGUCCAGUCCGUUAGUGGGGUCGGUUUGCCACCUCUGGUGUCUGACCCCUGUGACUUCAACAAAUUCAUUCUGUGCAACCUGACAGUAGAGGCGGUGAGCGCCAACAGCGCCUCGGUGCGCUGGGCGGUUCGCGAACACCGCAGUCCCCGGCCGCAGGGCGGCGCACGCUUCCGCCUGCUUUUCGACCGCUUUGGCCAGCAGCCCAAGUUCCAGCGCUUCGUCUACCUGCCGGAGCGCAGCGACUCGGCCACGCUGCACGAGCUGCGCGGAGACACCCCCUACCUAGUAUGCGUGGAGGGUGUGCUCGGAGGUCGCGUUUGCCCCGUGGCCCCCCGAGACCACUGCGCAGGGUUGGUAACCCUGCCAGAGGCAGGAGGUCGAGGUGGCGUCGACUACCAGCUCCUGACCUUGGUCUUGCUGGCUGUCAACGCGCUUCUGGUGCUCCUGGCUCUAGCGGCCUGGGGAUCGCGAUGGCUGCGGAGGAAACUGCGUGCCAGGCGGAAGGGAGGGGCCCCGGUCCACGUUCGCCACAUGUACUCCACCCGACGGCCACUGCGCUCCAUGGGCACUGGUGUGUCCGCGGACUUCUCAGGCUUCCAGUCGCACCGUCCCCGCACCACCGUGUGCGCGCUCAGCGAGGCCGACCUCAUUGAGUUCCCCUGCGACCGCUUCAUGGACAGCUCUGGCGGUGGUACCAGUGGCAGCUUGAGGCGGGAGGAUCACCUCUUGCAAAGAUUCGCUGACUAGGCAGUGCCUCGGGAUCUCACAGGCCUUAAGGAGCCACUCUCCGUGGUCCCAUGCCUUCUCAGAGGAAGAACUAGUUUUAUUAGACUUGUUCUUUCUCCCUUUUGUGCAUUUGCCAAGUGAAACCAAGAUGUGAAAGUGAAUCUAGAUGGCAUCCAUCACAUCCCGGUAACCACAAAGCAAAUGGAUGGUUCUUGGUGGUCUAACCCAAGAGUGGGGACAAAUGAAUAAUGGCAUAAAAGUGGGACUUAGCUCAUACACACUUAGCUCAUGGCUCCUGUGACUUUCAGCGCAGUAGCCUGCUAACCUUGGCCUAGAAAGGGUGCUUUAUGCUCCCAGCAUGACGAGAACACUCUGGUGGUGUGUAUACACACUCGUUUGCUCUAUGGCAAACUGAGUUCUGUUUCUAGUUAAGAAAAGGGGGACUUGCCACCAUCACCGUGAUCCCCAUCAGCAACUGACCCCACUGGUUUGAUGGGCUCUGCCAAGACGGGCAGGGUAAACAGGUACCACUCUCUCCCGGGAACCCUUUCUUCUGUUGUCUGGGAGAGCAUCUAGGAAGCCUUAAGGAAAAGCUACCCGUGUCAACAAUAUGAAGAGAGUUUAACAAGCUGACCAAGAAACUCAAAGACUCUUUUGAUAGGACUGGACCCCCCUCUCUAUCGUUUUAUCAGUUAGGGAGAUGACCUUUUGCUGACCUUUGGGUAACUGAUAAUAUCCUCAGGAGAAGGCAGCAUUUAAUACUUCGCCACCAGACUUUCGCCUGUGGCUUUUAUCUUAUUUUUUAAAAAAAUCUAUACAUGGAAAAAAAUCGAAUGCCAGAUUUGAUCUUUUAAAAAGAAAAAAGAAUGUGAUAUGUAUGUAUGGGUGUGUGUAACCAGUGACUCCCUAGGGCACUGCAGCCUUCCAGUUUGCUUACCACAUUUCUGAUAGCAUGCCUAGACGGGUGUGAAUGUGACCUACAUCUCACGACAGUUCAUUAAACGUAAGGUAAUUGUCAGGCUUGGGGCAGGGGGCAGUGAGCUCAGUGGUGGAGCUUGCUUGUGGGGCUCUGAGUUUGUCCCAACCAAACAAAGCAAUGGGUGAAUUAUCUGUUAGCCCUGUAAUCUCUGACCACAUCACUGUCGCUCUUUAUAAGAAAGAGAACAGGAGAAGAAAACUGUGGGGAACAAAUGUGAAAAAAAAACCCAAACAAACAAAAAACAAAAACAAAAACAACCCACAGUAGCGAAUAUGUGUUUCUACUAAGCCCAGAAGAGCAUGUGCAUUCAACUGUCACUGUGAAAUAAUAAUUAUAUAUUUUACAAAUUAAUUCUUCCAAUAGCCAGUGUCUUACUGUGUUAUUAAACCCUAUCUUUUAGUAGUAGAUGCAGUAUUUCUUUUCUUUUUGUGUUUUAUUUUUAAUUUAGGAUUAGCCUCUUGUAUUUGUUUAGUUGUGUUUUUAGCUAUUUGGGAUACUUUUCUCCCUUGAUAUUUAUGAAGUCCACGUUUAUGAUUAAAUGUAGUGGCUGGGUUCACAUUAAUAAUUCGUGUGUGGUCCACAUACACUCGCUAAGAGGAUGUAUAGUCACCGUGGUUAUGGAUUUAUUGGCAGUGGGGGACUGUGCAGUGCAGGUCAGCCAGUUCUAUGGCUAACAGUGACUCUCCUGUUCCAGGCCUCAGGCCCCUGAGGGUCCCAGUGACUCAGGGAAUCCAUCACAGGCCAGGGCCCUUCACCAAGAUCACUCUUUAUGUUUGGCCUAUGUGAGCCAUGCUGCCUUGUCUCAGCAGCUGAGGCCCUGAGGGUCUAAAUGAGCCGGUCUUUGUUUAUGUCCAGCAUGAGUAAAAUGUCCAGACCACGUAAGCCACAGCUGCUUUUCUGGCAGUCUUAUCUGCAGGGACGAAACUUAAUAAACCACAGGAAAUAAGACUGUCAUUCUGUGUUUGCUGCCAGGCCUCGUUUUACAUCCACAGUGCAUGGUGCAUGGGAGCUGGGGCUGUUCGCUCUUAAUUUCAACCCACAGGCUAUCUGGCACCUCCUGUAGAACUCGAAAAUUUUCGUGCACAGCACAGUUGCCUCUCUUAGCUGUUUCAUUUACACAGUGUAAAACUGAGACCCAUUGAAAGUAUGGAAAAGACCACUGAUUCUGUUUACUAUCUGCCUUGCCCAACUGUAGACUGUCACCAAAAUCCUUUAAUGCCUGGACUUAAAAAAACAGUCUCACUGAAAAGUCUUUCAGUGAGAAAUGGAUAAAUGUUAUACAUUGUUACAUUCAAUUAUGUCAAUAAACCCACA